AUGUCGAACGAGAAAGACAUCUAUUCUUACAUUCUGCAGGCUUCUCAGUCACCAUUGCCAGCCUGGGCAAUGUCUGCAUCCUUGCUUUACUCCGGGUUGAACACUCACACUGCUGUGGAUACCAAAUUGGGUUCAGGUGGUUCGUCUCGUUUCAGCAAAGCUUUGGCCCUCUCAAAGCCAACUAAAAAGUCAUGCUUCCUUUUCGGUGGUGUCAAUGCCUUGGGUGGAUACAUCAUUUAUGACGGUGACAUAUCGAACGGUGCAGGUUUCACUUUCGCCUGGUCCGUCCUCUAUUUGCUUGUGAAUGGAAAGUCAGCGCUCAAAAGCUUGACGCGCGGCCGUCUUUCGCCAAUGGCACUUAGCAUUCUUGCCUUGGGCAACACAGGACUUUAUGGUCGUGAGUUUUUCUGGUCCUCGGCAUAA